AUGUCCCUAGUUGACAUGAUUCACGACUUGUCCUCUCGCUUCCUGACCACAUUCGCUCAUCUCUCAGCCGAAUCUACCAAUCAGUUUCUGCCCACGCCCAUCUCCGAUGCCAUUCUGCGACCUGUUGGCAGGAGAGGUAGCGGUUGCUACCUCUCCAUGGACAUUGGCGGCUCCAAUCUGCGCGUGGGCUUCGUCGAAGUCGUCGGCAGGCAUGAAACCGGUGACGGUACAGCUGCAGAUCGCAUCAAGCGUCACCUGGAAGAAUCGUGGUCCAUAGAUGACCGUCUGAAGAACGACAACGCAGACAGCCUCUUCGAGUGGAUAGGCAGCUGCGUAGCCCGCGUCGUCGACAGGGGAUGCUCCGUUCUCGACCUGGCCCGGGACCGACCGCUCCCCCUCGGCGUGACCUUUAGCUUCCCCAUGGAGCAGACGUCCCUGGCCGAGGCGAGGCUCAUGUCCAUGGGUAAGGGCUUCGCCGUCUCGGCCAACCUCGAUCUGGGAUCGCGACUCCUAGCCGGCUACGACGUCGCCAGGAGGGCACGGCAGUCCUCCACGCCGACGGCGACGGCGGCAGCGAGGCCGCUACCGCCGCUGCGCGUGGCCGCUAUAGCCAACGACUCCGUCUCCACCCUCGUAUCCUUUAUAGUACGGUAUGACGACGAGUCGGGGUGCGAGUCCGAGACUGCCGUCUCUGCUGCUGCUGAUGUCGAGGAGGAGGAAAAGAAGUAUCACGGGCGUCGAGGCCGCCUAAGCCGUCGCCGCCGCCGUCGCGCCUGCAUGGGUCUCAUCCUUGGAACGGGGUGCAACGCCACCAUCCCGCUGCCCAUGUCCCGCCUGCACCCUUCCAAGCGCCCGCCGAGCGUGAGCGUGCUGCCCGGCUCGGCCGUCUCGUCCGAUGUGCGCGUCACCGUCAACACGGAGUGGAGCAUCAACGGGACGGCCCCGCCCCUGCGCGCCAUGGGCCUCGUCAGCCGCUGGGACCGCGAGCUCGACUCGGCCAACGAGGCCCCCGGUUUCCAGCCCCUCGAGUACAUGACGGCAGGGCGGUACCUGGGCGAGCUGGGCCGCAUCAUGCUGGUCGACUACCUCACCUCCGUCAUGGGGGUCGACCCGGCCGCCCUGCCGCCCGGCCUGCUCCGGAGGCACUCCAUGACGACCACCUUCCUCAGCCACUUCAGACCCCUGCGCCGUCCGGCCGCUCAUCUCCUGGCGUCCCUGGAGGCCGAGUUCCCCGCUGCCACCGCCGCCGCCGCCGCCGCCGUCGGGCCCGGACUGUUCGCGUUCGCGUGGACCGAGGACAUGGCCGUCGCGCUCUACCACAUCGCCAAGGCCAUCGAGGUGCGCGCCGCCGGCAUCGUCGCCGCCGCCACCGUCGCUCUGCUCAUCCUGGGCGGCGAGCUGUCGCCCGAUGCGUCCGACGCGCCGGACGUCUUCGACGACCUCGGCGUCGGCUAUACGGGUGGCUGCAUAGUCCACUUCCAGGAUUACCUCGUCGACUGUCAGGCAUUCAUCGACGGGCUCGUGGCCAGACGUCUCGGUCCCGACCCGGCACAAAGGGUCGUCCUCUCUCCCUGUCAUGAUGGUGGCAUCACGGGUGCUGGCAUCCUUGUUGCUGCUGCUUCCGAGAGCGAAGAUGCCCACGUGUGA